AGUAGUAAAGAUGGCGGACGAAAGUAAGACGGACCUUACGGAGGAGGGAAACGCAGACAAAAAUGUUGCUCCCGGAGUAUCUAUGAUGGUGGUCAACGUUAAAACCCCCAUGGGAAAAGAGGAAAUUACGAUUUCGGAGGAUUCUUCUGUCCUUCAGUUCAGACAGGAGGUAUCCAAAAAGUUCAAAGCCCAGCAGAACCAGCUGGUGUUGAUAUUUACAGGAAAGAUUCUGAAGGAUGCCGAUACUUUAAAGCAGCACGGCAUCAAAGACGGGCUGACCGUUCAUCUCGUCAUCAAGAGUGCCCCCAAAUCAACAGGUGACAGUACAUCCAGAACAAGUUCCAGCGCUGCAACACCUCAGAGUAGCAGCAGCAGCAGCAGCAGCAGCACUGCACCAGACAGAGCAGGAGGCGGCACGAGUCAGAGGCCAACACAACCACUCGGUCCUUCAGGACCUGCUAAUGCAUUGAGUGGGCUCGGUGACCUGUCUGGUUUGUUCGGUCCAGGCAUGCGUUCAUCCAGCCUCAUGGAGAUGCAGCAGCAGGUGCAGAGUCAGCUGAUGUCCAACCCACAGAUGAUGUCACAGAUUAUGGGCAGCCCGCUGGUCCAGAACAUGAUGUCCAACCCCAACCUGAUGAGACAGAUGAUGGCAGGCAAUCCUCAGAUGCAGCAGCUCUUGAAUCAGAACCCGGACGUCUCCCGCUUGUUCGGCAACCCUGACCUCAUGAGACAGCUGCAGAAUCCAGAAACGCUGUCCAUGCUGACCAACCCCAGGGCCAUGCAGGCUCUCAUACAGAUCCAGCAGGGCCUGCAGACCUUACAGGCAGAAGUCCCAGGAUUCAUGUCCAGAUUGUCCCCUGGAGCUCUCACAGUUCCUCCAACCACAGGGGGUAGCGUUCCCCCAGUGAACCUUCAACCUCCUGCCAUGGCAACAGGAUCCACUCCGGCUGCAGCCACCAGUCCCUCUCAGCAGCAGCUCAUGCAGCAGAUGUUACAGAUGUUUGCAGGCGGAGGACCAUCACUACAGACCCCGGAGGUUCGUUUCCAGCAGCAGCUCGACCAGCUCAGCGCCAUGGGCUUCAUCGAUCGCCAAGCCAACCUGCAGGCGCUCAUUGCUACAGGAGGGGACGUCAACGCCGCCAUCGAGAGACUGCUGGCCUAACUGGCUCAGUUCACUCCGGGGCUGAGGGUGGAAAGGCGGUAGAGUUAGGGACUGGCAUGGGAGAUUUCAAAGAAAUGAAUACAUGAAUAUAAUCUGGAAUCAAAUGCAGGUGUGACCCAACAGACUGCUCCUGCAGUUUAUCUGUAAACCACAGGAGGAAUAAACAGGGAGGUUGGGAAACAUAUUGUCUAACAGAAUAGGGUCUAUGUUACUGUUUGACCUGUGAGUUCGUUACUCCUCUCAGUGCAGCUGGAGUUUAUUUCUAAAAUGACCGAAGGUCACUCACUGCAUGUCGACAUCAGGUCACAAAGGAAUCACCUGUUAUUUUUUACAUUAUUUAAAUUUAACAGAUUGUAUUCAGGUGGUUUGAUAAAGAGUUUAAAUUCAUGGUUUUCCAUACACAAAGCUUGUUUUUACAUAUUUUUUUCCAUCCUCUUCCCUGGUAUUUAUUUAAGUUUUUUACCCUGACUGGCUCUUGACAGUUUAUAUUUCCUCUAAAACACUUUUCUCAGUACGGGAUCUUGUUUGUGUGGUUGGCACUGCUGCCUAAAUGUCAAAGGCGGAGAAGGUAAAUGAUUAUGGAUAGUAGGACCAAGUGUGUGUGUGUGUGUGUGUGUGGGUGUGUGUGGGUGUGUGGGGAGGAGGGUUGGACAGUAAGGGUGUUUCCACACUUUUUCAGCCCUCUAAACAGUCUCAGAGCGACAACUCAACACCCUGAAGCCACCUCAGGAAGUGGUCUGAGUUCGGUUCGCUUGUAGUUUGCACUGAGGCCCCAUCAGAGCUGAAGUUGACCAGAAAGAGAAUCGAGUCCUUUCUGGUCCACUUUUUGGCGCACUUUAAGAUUACUGAGUUUGGUUUGUUUUAAAGCGGACUAUAUGUGGAAACACCCUAAGACGACAUACUGAGAGGACAGAGACUUUUUAACUGGUAGAGAUUUUGCUAUGUUGAGAGAAACGUCCCUUUAAUAUCUCUGGUGCUGCUAGUGUUGGAUUUACAGGAAGUGCAUUUGUCAGGUUUUUCAUUUUCAGAAUUAGCAAAACAGUCGUUUCCAUUUGAAUCUUCAAAUCUGUAAAUUGUGGACGCCCCCAAAUCACAAUAUCGCCUUAAAACAAAACAUCAAGUUUUUAUUCAUAUCCCUGAACUCUAACCCAGACUGUGAUCGGAUCCUGUUGACUAACAGUACAUAAGUAAAUAAACUUGCACCCAUUUGUUUUUUGGAUCUAAAUGAUAAUAAUGUGAUUAAUGUGGUUAUAGAUUACAUGAUAGAAAUGGUUAAAAGCUGUUAGGGAAUUGUUUUAAAGUGAUGGACAGAUAAGUAAAACCCUUUCUCAGUGACACGAGCAGUGUAGUGCCUAAAGAUAAUGUUGGGUUCUGCAAUAUGAUCUGUGAAAUCUGUUGCACGUCUCCCUACGGACAGAUGGGAAGCCAAAACAUAUAUAUAUAUAUAUAUUUUAAUCCAAUAAAUUAUUUGUAAUGUGUAUUGUCUAUUCUAAAUAUGUGUGAAUGAUUUCCUUUGACAGUCUGACAGCUCUUUUGUGUUUUUUAAAUCCAUGAUUGAAAUUUCUUUUGUCCUGACAAUAUGUUUUUGACCAUAGCGUAUCAAAUUGCUUAUGGCUUCCAAUGAUAUCUGAAAUUGCUCCUUAAAAAAAAAAAUCUAAAUUUAAAUACUGUUAUUGUCGCUAACAGUCGUCUGUGCAGUGCUGGAGAAACUUAAAUGUAGCAAUACCUCGAAUGUUACUCCAGUCACUGUCAAAGUCUGUAUCGUGCCUUUAUCAAGUCUUCAGCACCAGAUUCUUUGAAUUAUUAAAAGUAAAAUCACCUUUUUGUCGCUUUA